GUCCAGUGAAAAGUUACUACCACAUUAGGGCAGUGCACUUCCUCACUUUACGCUUUCAGACGCCACAAUGGAUUCCUGUUUUCGUGCACUUUGCAUGACUUUUGUUCUGGCAUCGUCAGGUGCGGUUGGACCAGUGAUCAGAUGCGAGCCCUGUGAUGUUGGAGCGCGGCUUUUGUGCAAACCUUUACCAAAGGACUGCGCCGAGAAAGUCCAAGAACCGGGCUGCGGCUGCUGCAUGACCUGUGCGCUGAGCUUCGGCCAGCCGUGCGGCGUGUACACCGGGAGAUGUGGCUCCGGACUGACAUGUCAGCGUCAGCCCGGUGAGACAAAACCUUUGCAAGCUCUGCUGGACGGGCGGGGGAUUUGUGAAAACGCUACUAAUAAACGAUUUACUGCCAGACCAACACCUCCAGUCAAUGAACUGCCAGCAGACAAUUUUGAAACACUGGAUGAGGAGCGGAAUUCCACCGGCUUAGGCCUUCAGACCUUGUCCAGCACCCACAGACCCCUGAGACCUCCACUUCACACCUUUUUCACUUCUGCCAAGUCAGAGGUCCUGAGACGGGAGAAGCAGAAGAGAACCCAGAUCUUUAAAAUGGAGGCGCUCCCGGGACCACUCAUCACAGACCAACAAAACUUCUCUCUGGAGACCAAACAGGAGCCCGAGUAUGGUCCCUGUCGGAGAGAGAUUGAAAGCAUUCUCAGCAGCCUCAAGAUCACAGACAUUCUCAACCCCAGAGGUUUCCGCAUACCAAACUGCGACAAGAAGGGCUUCUAUAAGAAAAAGCAGUGCCGUCCAUCCAAAGGCAGAAAGCGAGGCUUCUGUUGGUGUGUGGACAAAUACGGGCAGCCUUUGCCAGGUUUUGAUGGGAAGGAGCGAGGAGACGCCCAGUACUACAACUCCGAGAGCCAAUAGGAGCAAAGCAGGAUGGAGGGAGUGAGGGUGGGAGUGAGCGCAAGAAGAAUUGUAAACAAAUGGAGACACUGAGGAUAUUGGGAGAGAAGUCAAGAGAUUGCUCAGCCGAUAAAUGGAUGUUUGCUAUUUCCAUCUGUUGCCUUUGGGACCUUUUUCUAAGGCAGAGCAAAGGGAACAGAGGAAGAGUAUUAGCAGGGGGAAAAAGACCCUGUGUUACAGAUACUGUGUUUUCUGCGAUGGAUGGAUUCUUCAUAAGCUUUCUGUCUCUGACACAACCAGAAUGACUUCUAAUGAGAGGAUACGCUUCUCAGACGCCCUAUUGUGAUUAUAAAAACAGAGACAUUUCUCACAAACGUUAAAGUGAUGGCUCUUCAUUCACGCACAGUUACGUGGCAUUGCACGCAUGUACAUGCUUGUGAUUUGUUUGAAAGAAAUUGUAUGUACUGUAUAUGUUAUUCAGAGUGAGCAUGCAGUGCCUUACUAUGACUUCCAUUUUUUACAGGUUGCUUCCUGCUCCUCAGGGAGUUGGACUAGACUCUGCAGCUCAGACAUUUCCUUGAAUCUCUUAUCAGCGGUUGUUACUGUUACUGUCACUUUGCAUAAGCUGAUAUUUUGGGAUAAAGGCCACCAAUUGUUAUCUCUGAUACCUGUGUAGCCAGUGAUUAUUUUCAUCACUUGCUCAUUCACUAGUAAAUAAGCUGUUUGCAUGUACAAUGCAACCCUCAGAGGUCUAUUUUUACUUAUUAAAGGCAGUUUAAAAUUAUCCAGGUAUUGUAUUUUCUUUAUCUUCAAUUUGCCUUUUCUUGCUUUAAGUGUGCAUGACAUUAAAAAAUGACUUCAUCAUCAUUAAAUAACAUUUAAUUAGGUACACUUCCAGGGAAUUAGAAUAAUAUAUACAUUGUUUCUACAAAACCAAUAAUGGAAUAGCAGCAUUUCGGGCAAACAGCAUUCACAAACAAUACGGUUCUCUGCACAUGAGCUCUGAAUCCCAAAUAAAACAGAAGUGAAUCAUAAUAAAUACUUGAAUAGAUGAUAGAAAGAAAUGAAAGCCAGAUGAGGAAGAUGUAGCUGAUAAAAUCCCUUAGAAAUCUUCGCUAAACCUGUGGACCUGCAGAGACUAGUAGAGGUAGACAAAUGCAGAACAACCAAUCCCGACCUCAUGGUGGCUUGGAUGAGCCCUGAUAUGUUUAUGCUUGGCCUCCAUGCACAUACUUGUGGCACUUUAAGUAUUUCCCCCAAUACCCAUUGAGGAAAAGCCAAUGGAGAUACAUUCAGACAAUGUCAACACCUUGAAUGAAUGAGCGGCUGUGUUGUUUCGUGCCGCGCACAGCUCCAGUUUUGAAUGAAUUAAAAAAAAAGAAACUGAUCCUGAAGACUCUGAAAUGGGCUUGGCAGGGUUGUUGACCUGUGGUUUUGAGCAAUGGAGUUAUUUAGUUAGAAACACAAAUGUAUACAGUGUUGCCCUAUUUACAAUUGCAAAAAAAAAAUGGGCAAACAUAUAAAAAAUCUAAAAA